CAAAAUAUCUUUCUCUCAAACUGCUAUAAACUCAGAUAAAAAUCUGUCUCCAAAUUUCUAAGGUCUCCCAUCCAACAACCCAGAAGAAAGAAAAUGGCGACUGCUGCAUGGCUUCCUCUAUACACCACUCCCACUGCUUCAAUCAUACCAAAGAAUUUAAGCCCAAAAACUUUCAGUCCUUUCAACACUACUAUAAGUACUGCUAGAAGGCCGUACGGUGUUUCUAUGACGUGCAGAGCUUCCUCUUCGAUCACGGACUUCGAUCUCUACGAUCUGCUAGGCAUCGAUAGCUCUUCACCUCACUCCCACAUCAAAACGGCCUAUCGUUUGCUGCAGAAGCGGUGCCACCCAGACAUCGCCGGUCCGGCAGGCCACGACAUGGCUAUCAUACUCAAUGAAGCUUACUCUGUCCUCUCCGAUCCAAAUUCACGUUCGGCUUACGAUAAGGAGCAAGCCAAAAUCGCAGAACUUAGGGGUUACACAGGCAAACCUAUAUAUUCAGCAUGGUUUGGAUCGGAAACCGAACAAAGAGCAGUAUUUGUUGAUGAAGUAAAGUGUGUUGGCUGCUUAAAAUGCGCCUUGUUUGCUGAAAAGACUUUUGCAAUUGAAUCGGUUUAUGGAAGAGCAAGGGUUAUUGCACAAUGGGCUGACUCUGAGCACAAGAUCCAAGAGGCCAUGGAAACAUGUCCAGUUGAUUGCAUCUCGAUUGUGAAGAGGUCGAACCUAGCAGCUCUAGAAUUCUUAAUGUCCAAGCAGCCUCGUGGGAAUGUAAGGGUGGGCAUGGGUCAUGCAGCUGGGGCACGUGUCUCAAAUAUCUUUGUAGAUGUCGAAAAAUUCCAGACCAGAUUCCAGGAAGCAAUGGAAAAGAAUUCAACACAACGUCCCAAGGAAACAGACCUCCAAAGAGAUGCAAGAAUGUCAGCAAUUCAAACAAUCAGAUCUAUCUCAAAUUGGUUAUACUGGCAAUCACCUAUUGCAGGUGGAUCCACAUCAGAGUCCCAGAAUUAUCUGACAUACGUUUCACGUAAACCUACCGAGUCACACAUCAAUAAGCUAAGAGAAGCUGCAGCUGCUAGAAAGCAGGCAAGAGAGAGGGCAGAACCCACACGCCGAAUCGCAUCAAACUACAUAUACAGCGAGGAGUAUUGGAUUCCUUCAAUCUAUGCUCUUCCAGCCUCAACCCAAGAAGACUCUAACUCUGCAGCUAACUCAACAACUUCACCUACAAAAGACAUGCACACAGAGAAUAGAGGCUACAGAGUACAUGACAGCAAGGGAAAGAAGCCCAUAAUAUGGAGAGUUCCAGUUGUAGCAGCAGUGGUUGCUUCGGUUAUAGUUCGUCUACAAAUUGGAGAAGUAGCUGGUGGUGGAUUAAAGGAACAUAUCGGCGGCUCUUUGGCACUGGACGUUGUUAACAGCUCUUGGUUGCCGGGUAUCUUAGCAGGGAUUACAUGGUAUGGCAUUGGGAUGGCAAUAUUUGAACUUGUGGAAGCCAUUCAAAGUAGACAAAGGCUAUAGGGGAAGAAACUUUAGCAGUUAUAUGGUAAAUGUGAAAGACAAAUAUAAUACAAGUAAGAAAUUGAUGUAUGAUU